UAACAUCAUCAGUCUCGCGGAAAAACCCAAGUCAGUAAUUCAUAAUCAUAAAGCAGCAAAAAGGGGGUUCACAACAUUCACAAAAACACACACGCGCACACACUCACCAACCCUAAUCUCUUCAAUCUUCACUUUCACUCCAGUUUUCUUCUCACUCUAUCAUGUAAACUGUUCAUCAAGCUCUAAUUAAGCCUCAAAUGGGUCUCCUGUAACCGUUUCUUUCUUGCGCGAAACCCCCUUCUGUGUAAUUAUUUCUGUGAAAUCAGCCAUGUACAAAAAGAUCGAGCUUUUGAAGGAAUAGUUUUUGUACAGAUCUGUGUGGCUCUUGCUCGUUGGAGGAUUCUGCGCCUAAAUGCUGAUAUUUUUGUGAUUUGGGCUUGUUUUGCAUUUACUUUAAUGUGUAAAUUUUGGAUUUUUAUCUUAUGCCGAACCUAAUUUUGUCUCGAUUUGAAGCUCUAGGUUUGGAAUUGUGUGCAGGAUUUUCUUGUUAGUUGCCGUUGUUGGAAUAUUUUUGAUUUGUUAUAAAGAUUGCUUUUGUCGGGGUUUUAGUAGAAAUACUUUUUUAGCAUGUUUUAUGGGGCCAGACGGCUUUGUUAAUUAUAACAUUUCUGGAGUAAUUUUAGUGGGUUUUGAUGAUAUUUUUCAUCAAAAGGUGAGAGUUUUGGGCGUUAGGUUUAGAGGGUUAUGAGAUUUGAUAUCAACUGAUUGCUCUAGGUGGAGAGAGAAUCAGUUUUCGGAGUUGUUAUAUCAUUUUUGUUAAUUAUGUCAUUAAAGAGUAUACUUCAGGAUAUGAAGGGUGAAUUUGGGAGCAUAUCUAGGAAGGGGUUUGAAGGGAGGUUUGGGAGGUCCAGGUCUCACCGGGUAGUCGAGGAGUCUAUGGCGACUGCUGUGGAUGCUCUGAGGCAGAGCUGCUGGGCGAAUAUGCCGCCAGAGCUCUUGAGGGACGUGCUUAUGCGCAUUGAGGAAUCUGAUUGUGAUUGGCCCUCGAGGCAGAAUGUUGUUGCUUGUGCUGGUGUUUGUAGGAGCUGGAGGGAAAUCAUGAAGGAAAUUGUUAAAAAUUUAGAAGUUUCUGGAAAGGUUACCUUUCCCAUUUCUGUGAAGCAGCCUGGUCCAAGAAACACACUAGUUCAGUGUUUCAUCAAGCGGAAUCGAAGCUCUCAAACAUACCACCUAUACCUUAAUUAUAGUCAAGCUUCUAAUGAUAAUGGGAAGUUUCUUCUUGCCGCUCGAAGAUGUCGACGACCAACAUACACUGAUUACAUAAUAUCUCUGAAUGCUGGAGAUGUAUCUAAGACCAGCAGCAACUACAUUGGGAAGUUGAGGUCUAAUUUUUUGGGAACCAAGUUCACAAUCUUUGAUGCUCAGCCCCCAAAUGCUGGAGCUAAAGUUACUAAAUCUCGUUCAACGAGGUUAGUAGGAAUGAGACAAAUCUCUCCUAGGGUACCUGCUGGCAACUUUCCGGUGGCCCAUAUUUCCUACGAGUUGAAUGUCUUGGGUUCGAGGGGACCAAGGCGGAUGCAAUGUGUCAUGGAUGCUAUCCCCAUCUCUGCAAUCGAACCAGGAGGUGUUGCUCCAACGCAAACGGCAUUCGUACCAGGAAACUUCGAUUCGUUUCCCUCUCUCCCCUUUUUUAGGUCAAAAUCGACGCGCUCGGAUAGCUUCCAAUCCGGACCCCUCUCAACACCCAAAGACGAAAUGCUAGUACUUAAAAACAAGACUCCUAGAUGGCAUGACCAACUCCAAUGCUGGUGCCUCAACUUCAAUGGGCGUGUCACAGUUGCCUCGGUGAAGAACUUCCAGCUAGUUGCAUCCCUCGAGAAUGUAGUUGGUGGGCAAGAGCAGCAGCAGGAGAAUGUUAUCCUCCAAUUCGGGAAGGUUGGAAAGGACAUAUUCACCAUGGACUACCAGUAUCCGGUCUCUGCUUUUCAGGCGUUCGCCAUCUGCCUCAGCAGCUUCGACACCAAGAUUGCGUGCGAAUGACGAAUCAGGUGUGAGUUUGCUAGUCUUUUGACAUAACAAAGGAUGUGUGAAUCUAUCUGACCACAGUGAAAAAUGUUUGAAUUGUUCCUUAAUUUAGCAGAAGAAACAGAAAAGAAAAAGGAAAAAAAGAAAUGUUUGUUGUUUGCAUGAAUUUGAAUUUGAGCAUCAUCAACUUGAAUCUUGUUUAUAGAUGUGGAGCCAAUCUUGUUACUUUGCAGCAACAACUGAUAAUUGAUAUGUUGAAUCCUGUUUAUAGA